AUGCACGCACCACCGGUGCAUGGCAACUUUCGGCGGUACUAUGGUAUGCGCAGCGCGCGCGCGGCGCAGGCCGCGUCCGUAGAUCGUAUGGAUGAGCGGGUUGCGGCGCUGCUAAAGUGGUAUAAUUCGCAGAGGGGAGAUGUGCGCGCGCCCGAGCGUGUUCUCGACGUAGGGUGCAAUGCCGCCAAACCGCUCAUUGAGCUGUGCCAGCACGCCGACCCGCCGCUGGAGCGCGCGGUGGGCGUCGAUAUUGACCCGGUGCUGGUCAGCGAUGCAAAGGCGGCGGUGCGUGCGGCAUGGUCGCAGAUGCAGCCCGACGUGCCUGGAAGCCAAGAGGGCGCCGCCGACUACUUUCCGGCGUGCUUCGCGACGCACCUGGGCCCCCUCGCCCUUCCUCCUGGGCCUGCGCGCGGAUUUCCGAAAUGCAUCGCGCUCUACGAGGCAGACUGGGUCACACACGACUGUGCGCCGCUCGCACAUGAGGAUGCGCUCGGCUACGACCUGAUUCUAUGCUUCUCCCUCACCAAGUGGAUCCACCUGAACCAAGGCGACGGGGGACUGGUCCGCUUCUUGCACCGCCUAUGCGCGUGCCUGCGCCCUGGCGGCAUCCUCGCCCUCGAAGUGCAGCCAUGGCGCUCAUACGACCAGGCACGCUCCGUGUCACGCGACCUUCGCCAGGCGUAUGCGGCCCUGCGACUGUACCCCGAUGACAUGGAAUAUGUCCUGGGGGUCUUUGGACUGAUACCCUUGGGACCCGUCGCGGUCGGGACUGGUUACGGUUUCCGGCGCCCGGUCCUCCUCUACCAGCAGCCAGCGCCGGCGCCGACGCUCCUGCCGCCUCCACAUCCAGGGUCGCUCGGCUGGCCGUGGGCACCGCGCAACCCCAAGAUUUCCUAA